CCAAGGGUGCCUCUGCAGUAGACGAUACAUCCUGCAGCCAUGAGGACCGGCUUCAGUACCGAACAGCACCUUGUCCAGAGCAUCGUCCUUUUGUUACUAGUGACCUUCCUGAUAUCCUGCAACGUUUCAGGGCUCCGAUUGGGCACGGAUCCGAUAGGUGACGCCAUUCUGCUGGGCCUUGACGGGGCGCGGGAUGAUGGGCCGAUGGUGAAGAAGAGUGACCCACAGGUGUACGGAAUGUGGUUCGGACCAAGGCUCGGACGACGCGAGAGGCGUUCAGUCGAUGAGAUACUGGACGACGCUGGUGACGGCAGAGUGGAGGAGGUCCUCCAGCUACUGAAAGAAACUCCAUGGGUACUCGUUCCUCUCAAAGGAAAUAAGCGUCAAACAGGGUCUUUCAUCCCUCGCCUGGGCCGAGAUUCGAAAGAAGAAGAAGAAGAUCCCGACGCCAUGGAGCAGAGGUCCCCGCCGUUCGCCCCAAGACUUGGACGACGCCUUGUACCUUUCCGGCCAAGAAUGGGGCGCGAUCGCCUGCCCUACGAUGUAUACUCUCCCCGCCUGGGACGCAGCGUGCAACCCUCACAGCCGCAAGGGAAGAAAGAAGCGCCACAGCACUAACACCAUCACAGUUCUCUCUUAGAUUUGAUGUAGUUUCAACAUUGUAAUAAAACACUUGUACUGAUUUGCAUGUC